AUGAGGGCCCAGCUCGCUCUAGCCCUUCUGCUCUUCCUCGUUGUUGCCUCUGCCAGCCCCCUAGCAUCGGCCCAUGGUGAUCUUGACUAUGGCGGUGGAGUGAAGAAAUCUGAAGCUACCGGCGGAUACACCGCCGGUAUUGAGAAGAAACCCGAAGCUGUCUCGGCCAGUGCUGAGAAUAAACCCGAAGCCAUCUCCGCUGGUGUGGAGAAGAAACCAGAUGCCGUCUCCCGAACAGACGUCUCCUCCAGCGCGGAGACGAAACCCGAAAUCGUCGCUGGCUAUGAUGGUGGUAAGAAGAAACCUGACGUCGCCCCCAACAAUGUUGACGCAGAGAAGAAACCAGUAAGUGCCUCUGGCUAUACUGGCAAGGAGAAGAAACCCGAAGGUGGCACCAAGGCUGCUGAGGAGAAGAAAUCUAAAGUUGCCUCAGAGAAGAAAUCCAAAAGAAAGAGUGAGCCCUCCCAGCCUUCCACCAUCGAGAAGAAACCCAAAAGUAAAAAUGAGAAGAAGUCCAAAGGAAAGAAUGACGCCUCUGGAUACACUGGUGCGGAGAAGAAACCAAAAGAAAAAGUAGAUACACCCAAGAAGGAGAAGCCAAAGAAGGAACCGAAGAAGGAGGAGCCGAAGAAGGAGGAGACCGCGGCGACCGUCACAUCCGAUAGUUACACUGCACCGAAGAAUGCUCAGCCGGAGACGCCGGCAGCUAGCACUGCUGACGCUUAUGCUGCGCCAAAGACUGCUCAGCCGGAGAUGGCGGCGACUAGCACAACCGGCGGUUACGCCUAG